AUGGCUAUGAAUUCUUCUAGUGCAUCCAAUGCAAACACCACAAACAAUAUAUGUGGUUCAUUGCCUUCUUCUAAGAAAGCUAGGGAUCCGACAUGGGAAUGGGGUGAACGCAAAGACCCAGAAAAUCCAAAUAUUAUUACCUGUUUGUUAUGUAACAAAUUAAUCCGUGGUGGUGGAAUCACAAGGCUUAAGGAGCAUCUCGUAGGAAAGUCAGGGAAUACUUCACCAUGUCCGAAUGCAACCACUUCUGUUAUCAACAAAGUAAAUCAGUUGUUUGCUGUAAAGAAGACCAAAAAUGCUCAUAGGGGUAACAUUGAUUUAGCGUACCAGCGUACAUUCAACUUUGAUGAAGGCUCUGAUGUUGACACAGAUGUUGGGGAACAAGAAGUUGAAAUUGAUGGCAAUGUUGGCAGUGGUAGUGGUGUUGAUUUACAUGUUCAAAAUCAGACAAAGAGAAAGCGAAUAACCCAAAGUAAUACAAGAGGUCCUAUUGAUUUAUAUAUGAGGACAUAUCACAAGAAAACUCAAAAGGUCACCGCUGAAAGGAACUGUGCAGUGAAAGAGAAGUUAUUAAAGACUGCAUGGAAAUGCAUAUCAUCUUGGAUGACUGAGAAUUCAGUGGCAUUUAAUACCGUUCGUUGCGCAAGUUUCAAAGAAAUGAUCUUUGCAAUUGGUGAUUACGGGAAAGGUUCAGUAUUUUUGAAGUCUGUGGAUGCCUCAGAUAGAACCAAUGAUGCUGAUUUCAUUCGUAAGCUUGUAAAGGAGGUAAUUGCUGAUGUUGGUGCAGAAAAUGUGGUUCAGUUCAUUACUGAUAAUGGUUCUAACUUCAAAAAGGCAGGGAAGGACUUAAUGCUUGAAUACCCACAUAUAUUUUGGACUCCUUGUGGUGCUCAUUGUGUUCAGUUGAUGCUAAAACUUGGUUCCAAGCUUCCAAGAAUCAAGACAGCCGUCAUACUAGGUAAGAGACUAGUUACAUAUAUUUAUGCUCAUUUUCAAGUAUUGAGCUUAAUGAGGGAGUUGACUGGUGCAGACUUACAUAGGUCUACAAAAACUAGAUUUGAAACUCAAUAUUACACACUAGUGAGUCUUCAAAAGUAUAAAACUCCUCUGCAAAUGGUGUUUGUGAAUGAUAGGUGGGUAAAAACUAGGUUUGCAAGAGAAAUGUGGGAGUAA